GACCCUCCCCCGUCUGUCAACGGGCCGUUGAAAGUUAAACGCCGUUACGACCGUCCCUCCGUUUAGUACCCCCCUUUCGUUCUUUCAAAACCUUCCCUUUCCGAUGGCGCUCGAGGGCUUGAGCUUGGCUCAGACGCCGCCGGUCGACGCUGACACGGAGGCGCCUGGCGGCGGGCGCCAUGUCGCCGUCAACGGAGGCGGCGAUGAUGGUGCCAAGACGCCGCGGCUUCCCCGGUGGACGAGGCAGGAGAUCCUGGUGCUCAUACAGGGGAAGAGAGUCGUGGAGAGCCGGGUCAGGAGGGGCCGGACGGCCGGGCUGGAAUUCGGGUCGGCUCAGGUUGAGCCGAAGUGGGCGGCGGUUUCGUCGUAUUGCUUGAGGCAUGGGGUGAACCGGGGGCCGGUUCAGUGCCGGAAGAGGUGGAGUAAUCUCGCCGGCGACUUUAAGAAGAUCAGGGAGUGGGAGGCCCAGACGAAGGAUGAAACGGAGUCGUUUUGGGUGAUGAGGAACGAUUUGAGGAGGGAGAGGAAGCUUCCAGGGUUCUUCGACAGGGAGGUUUAUGACAUCCUCGACGGCGGCGACUGCGAGGAGCUGACUGCGAGAUUGGCUCUGGCUCUGGGCCCAUCCGUGAAGGCCGGUGCCGAAGAUCCGGAGGCGGAAACUUUGUUCGACAGCGGGAGAAGCGCGGCGGCCGAGGAUGGGCUGUUUUCCGAUUUUGAGCCGUCUGGACAGGAGGAGACUGGAUUUGCCAGUCCCGGUAAGGAAUUGUUGCCGGAGAAGGAUCCAAAGCCCACCGCUAUUCCUGCGCCUAUUCCAAUUUCAGAGCAACAAUAUGAGCCCUUUUCUCAGCACACUCCUGCUAAAGUCCAUAGCUGAAUUGCUACUGGGAAAUGCCAAGAGCAAUGAUUGAUUGUUUGGUAAGGGUAAAAAUGUGAAAUUUGAUCGAAACAGUUGAAGUUUCUUGGUGAGCUUAAUUUGCUUAAAUUGUGUGGAAAUGGCUGAAUGAGUUGGAUUGUCUAAAAAUGUUUGGUGACCAAAAAUGGGUUGAUGAGCUGGUUAUCUAAAAAUGUAUAAAUUGCAACUUAGCCACCACUUGUUUUCAGUUAUAAUUUGAUUUGACCAACACAGUCAUAUAAGAUAGUACUCCAUUUGAUAGAAAUCUGGCCAUUAAGCUGAUUAGAGAAAAUCAGUGCUACCAAAUAGGAUCCUAAGUUGUUUUCCAUAUGUUGUCUGCAAGAAUUUUAACUCCCAAAUGAUAUCUAAUUAUCUGUUCUGUUUGUUUAUUUCUUUCUCACUUUUAUACGUCUUCAAAAUUCGACCAAGUAUGCAUUGUAGUUUGUCUAGGUUGUGAGAUUGUAUCUGCGAUAUCAGUGCAAACCUAUUGGUAGUUGGCUGGAUCUGUGAAUCAAGAGGCAGUUAAAAUAAUUCGUGAGUCGAAUUUUAAAAUUUACAUGUCAUGUUAUUUAAAAGCUUGUAGACUAAGGGUCGAUUUGGAAGUUGGGUUUUUGAAGGCUAUGUAUAUCAUGAAAUAAAUAUACUCAUGGUUU